CCUGUGCGCCCAGAGUUGCUGCUCUUCUCCUGCCAGCAAGCAAGGCCGCCCACCACUCGUGUGUGCAGCGCAAGUGUGGCGCCAAUGCGAUUUGCGUGAAGGAGAGGGGCGAUGCCACCUGCGUCUGCAACAUUGGAUUCUCCAUGACCUCCACCGGCUGUGUUG